AUGACGAAGAACCAGCCGUCUCUCCGCAAGGCGGCGUCCAACGCCGAUCUGUACGCCGACCCGUCACCGCCGCAACAGCUGCGUCACGCGUACUCGACGCUCUCGCGCUCCCACACAACGGCGGGGCCGCUCCCUCGCCGCGCGCUGGCCGACUGGGAGCAGAAGCGACACCAGAUGAGCGACAAGGGCCGAGCACGCCACAGCAUCGCCACGCCGUAUCCGAACCUGAUCGAGGACGACGACGACUUCCGGCCCAACAGGCAGAUGCAGAUGCAAAAGCAGAGCCCGCCGCCCGUGCCGCCGAAGAUCCUGGAGGAAGUCCCGGGCGAGGGCCCGACGCCUGCGCCCGUUCUCGAGUUCCGAGACGGACAGUACCGCCUUCCAGCACCCAAGUCUGCCUCUAGGCCUGCGCCCUCGCAUCCAUGGCUGCCUGCACAGCUGCCCCCAGCCGUAGGCCCAACUUCAGCCUCCGCCGCCCCAGCUCCAGCCCCAGCUCCAGCCUCAGCUCCAGCCCCAGCUCCAGCCUCAGCUCCAGCCCCAGCUCCAGCCUCAGCUCCAGCCCCAGCUCCAGCCCCAGCGCCCGUGCGACGCGAAAAGGAGGCGCCCGAGCAGUACACGAAGCCCUUCACCGACUUCAUGACGGCCAACCCCACCGUCUUCCACGCCGUCGACGCCGUAGCCAAGGACCUCGAGCGCGACGGAUACAAGAAGCUGUCGGAGCGCGACGCCUGGGAGCUGCGGGCGGGCGGCAAGUACUACGUCGACCGCAAUGGCACCUCGCUCAUCGCCUUUGCCAUUGGAGACAAGUACGCUGCGGGCAACGGAGCGGCUAUUGUCGCCGGCCACAUUGACGCCCUCACGGCAAAGCUCAAGCCGAUCCCGAAGCUGCGCAACAAGGCCGGUUACGUCCAGCUCGGCGUCGCCCCGUAUGCGGGUGCGCUCAGCGACACGUGGUGGGACCGUGACCUGGGCAUCGGCGGUCGCGUGCUCGUCAAGGAGCACGCCAAGAUUGUCUCCAAGCUGGUCAAGCUGGACUGGCCCAUUGCGAGGAUCCCCACCCUCGCACCCCAUUUCGGCGCGGCUGCCGUAGGCCCCUUCAACAGAGAAACCCAGAUGGUGCCCAUCAUCGGCCUGGACAACAGCGACUUGGGCGCCUCGUCAGCAGCCAACGCAGAAGCCGAGUGGAAGUCGAGCCCUCUGGGCGGUGAGGGCGCCUUCGCAGCCACCCAGCCAGAGAGGCUUGUCAAGGCAAUCUCCUCCGAGCUGGGCAUCACCGACUACUCCACUAUCGUCAACUGGGAACUCGAGCUUUUCGACGUUCAACCCGCCACGACGGGUGGUCUGGACCGCGAGUUCAUCUUCGCCGGCCGAAUCGACGACAAGCUUUGCUCCUGGGCCGCCGUUCAAGCCCUUCUCAACUCCAACGCCUCCCUCUCCGGCUCCUCACAGAUCCGCAUCGUCGCCCUCUUCGACGAUGAAGAAGUCGGCUCGCUCCUCCGCCAGGGCGCACGCGGGAACUUCCUGCCCAGCAUCAUGGAGCGCAUCGUCGAAGAGUUUGCCGAGACCAAGACCAAGAAUGCACUGGCCCGCACAUACGCAAACUCCUUCUUGGUGUCCAGCGAUGUCAUCCACGCUGUCAACCCUAACUUCCUCAACGCGUAUCUCGAGAACCACUCUCCCCGCCUCAACGUUGGCCCCGCUGUCUCUGCCGAUUCAAACGCGCACAUGACCACCGACGCCGUCAGCACUGCUAUUCUGCAGCGCUGCGUCGACGCCGACAUCGGCACGCGCAAGCAGGAUCCCAAGUUGCAGGUCUUCCAGAUCCGCAAUGACAGCAGGAGUGGUGGCACCGUGGGCCCCAUGCUGUCCGCCGCGACGGGCAUUCGAGCCAUUGACUGUGGCAUCCCACAACUGAGCAUGCACUCCAUCAGAGCCACUACCGGUAGCCAGGAUCCUGGGCUUGGCGUGUUUGCCUUCCAGAGUUUCUUGGAGCGGUUUGAGGAGGUCGACAAAGAGUUCAAGUAG